UGGUCCAUAAAGAGGAAGCUGCACCGGAAUCUGUGGAAUUCGAGGUGUCCGACACCAGUCGCUCCACACCUUCCCGUUCAUUUGUUCGACUGGUCGAUCAGUGAGGUAUAAAACGCGGAAACAUGUCUCAGGCAGACAAAAUGAAGCAGGGCCAGUUCACCAACCCAGAAACCCCAGGUUAUGUUGGAUUCGCCAACCUGCCAAAUCAAGUCCAUCGCAAGUCUGUAAAGAAAGGCUUUGAGUUCACUCUCAUGGUGGUUGGGGAGUCUGGACUUGGGAAAUCGACUCUGAUCAACAGCCUUUUCCUCACUGACCUCUACCCUGAGAGAGUCAUUCCUGGAGCUGCUGAGAAGAUAGAGCGAACAGUUCAGAUUGAGGCAUCCACAGUAGAGAUUGAAGAGCGAGGAGUAAAGCUUCGCCUCACUGUAGUCGACACUCCAGGAUAUGGCGAUGCCAUCAACAGCCAGGACUGUUUCAGCACUAUUAUCAGCUAUAUCGAUGACCAGUUUGAGCGCUACCUCCAUGAUGAGAGUGGACUAAACCGCAGACACAUUGUGGACAACAGAGUUCAUUGCUGCUUCUACUUCAUCUCUCCACUGGGACACGGCCUGAAGCCCCUGGAUGUCCAGUUUAUGAAGGCCAUCCACAACAAAGUCAACGUUGUUCCCGUUAUUGCCAAGGCUGACACACUCACCCUCAGGGAGAGGGAGAGGCUCAAGCGCAGGAUUCUGGAUGAGAUUGAUGAACAUGGUAUCAAGAUUUACCAUCUUCCUGACGCUGAGUCAGAUGAGGACGAGGACUUCAAAGAGCAGACCAGGAUUCUAAAAGCUAGCAUCCCGUUUGCGGUGGUGGGGUCCAACCAGCAGAUUGAGGCUAAGGGGAAGAAGGUGAGGGGUCGCCUUUACCCCUGGGGUGUGGUGGAAGUGGAGAACCCAGAACACAACGACUUCCUCAAGCUGCGCACCAUGCUGAUUACCCACAUGCAGGAUCUACAGGAGGUGACCCAGGAUCUGCACUACGAGAACUUCCGCUCGGAGCGCCUCAAACGGGGUGGCAGGAAGGGACCAGAGCCGGAGGAAAUGGACAAGGAUAUGAUCCUUCAAGAGAAGGAGGCUGAGUUGAGACGAAUGCAGGAGAUGAUUGCCAAGAUGCAGGCCCAGAUGCAGAAGCAGGGAGAUGGAGAGGGAGACGUGUGAAACCCUUUGGUUUUGGAGCCAUAGCCUGAGUUUGACCAGAGGGACAAAUGAAGUCAGGAGAGGAGAAAAAGCUACAGAAAGACUCUGGUUCUUGAUUCCCACUGCUUGCCACUAUCUUAGUUUAUUUUGCUCCUUUCUUUUGGAUUUGGAGUUCUUUUUUUAUACACACAUAUACAAACAGUAUUAUGUUUAUAUAUUUACACAUUUCUGUUUCUAAUAAUCCAUAUUUUUAUUUUCUAGUUUUGAGUCAUUGUAUUGGACUAUUGCCAGUUACUCAAAUGAAGUAGUGUGACCCGUCUUUUCUAAAGGAGAGGCACUUUCUAACACAGAGCCACCAGGCUGUGUUUUACCUUUUUUAGGUUUUUUAUUUUUUAUUUUUUUGCUUUUGCUGUUAAGAAAGCCAAAGUCUCACUGCUCUUUCUCAGUGCUGUUGUCUAUCCUGGAUACUUUAAAACCCCAAAACCAUCAUUUGCCAACUGUUAUUCUGGGAUUCAAAUGGAGAAUUUAACUACCAUGAGAAGUUGGCACUCUUGUUUUUUUUUUCUAGAGUAACAUUGGCAAAAUUAGUAAUAUUAAGAUUCCUGCUGGUAAGAAGUGUCGAGGGAGGCAAGUUUCCCUUUAAAUUUGUGAGAUUUUAGUCUCUUUACUGUAAUCCUCGUCUUCCCUCUUGCCUGCAUGCAACCUUUGACCCUGUCUGAGAUGAUGGUGUGUUACAGAAAGAUCCCAGGUGAUGCUUCCCUCAAGAGCUAUUUUGGGACCAGCCCCCCCCCAGCUCCUCCCCUUAAUCUAAACCACUAAUACAGAUCCCAGGCCAGCGUGAGCUUCUAUUCUGUUAUUGGGAGCUUUCUAGUUGAUUGGUGGAAAUACACUGUGACCCUUGACAUUCUCCAGUCUUCCUGUAGGCCUCACAAAUGAAGGAAAGCCAAACGGGUGUUUUGGACAAUAACAUGCCUCAGUAGGAUGCUGUUAAUCUACUAUGUUUAUUUUUCUUUUUGUGUCCUCUACAUUUUUGAGUGGAUAAAUGCUGGUUCAGUGUCCUGAUAAAUGGUUUAUUAAAUGUGAUACUGAUGUUAACACCAUCUUACAAACAUAUAUUUCUCCCCUAGUUUUGUGAAUUUUCAAUGACAAUCUGUUUUGUGGAGGUUGUGCCAUGAAGCCCAUACUGUAUACGAGAUGUCUAGCCGUUUUCUUGUAGCCGAUCAGGGAGCUGCAUCAGGAGCAGCUUCGGCUGCCUACUUUUAAAACAUGCUUGUUGCUGGGUAAUAUUGGCUUUAGGCUGCUCUAUCAAAAUAGUUCCAUUACAACUCUGGAAACAAUGACAUGUAUGCCUCCGUGUUUCAGCGAUGCAGCUCUUAUUCGAUCCUGGUGAGUUUAGAGACUUUUGGUUUUAUCCCAACUGUGGUUUCCACGACUACAAAGGAAGGUUAAAGGUCAACUGUUGGGGGUCAGUGUAGCUAACAUCUCCCCCACAUGCCAAGACGGGAGUUCUUAACAUUCCAGUUUAUGCUGUUUUAUCCAGUAAUUAAAUACCAAAUUAAAUUUGUGAUGCAUCUCUUGUAUUAAGUUUUUAUUAAAACUUGCAGUUUAUUGUGA